UCACAUCCGGGCGACGUGUCAGUUUGUUUACUUGCGGACUCCCCGGCGCUGCAACCAGCUCAGACAUGGCUGUAGAUAUAACGCUACUUUUCAAAGCUAGUGUCAAAACAGUCAAAACCAGAAACAAGGCGAUAGGGAUCGGUUUCGAUUCUACCAAAGAUGAAAUUUUCAAGCGGAGCAGACCCAAGAAUGCCUUCUCUCUGAAGGCGAAAGAAGUGAUCGUUAACAUCACCAAGCUCAAAGACUUCUUGCUGCAACACAGGAAGGAUUAUGUGAGCGCCGCCAGUCUCAUCUCAUCCGACCUCACCCGCAUGUCCGACAACGAACGCGAUCAGAUUGACCAGGAUGCCCAAAUCUUCAUGAGGACGUGUUCCGAGGCCAUCAAACAACUUCGCACUGAUGCUGAAAAGCAGGUGACAUCAGCUCAGACUAAAGAGCACAGGGGUGCAGUCUUGGACCUCAUUGAAAUGUACUUGAAAGGAGUGUGUCAGCUGUACUCGGAGCAGCGAGCCAUAAGAGUCAAGAGAAUGGUGGACAAGAAGAGACUGUCACGCCUGGGAUCUGAGCUGCACAGUCGUGUGGAGAAAAUGGCAGAUGAGGAGCCCAAGAAUGAAAAGACAGUGAAGGAGGAAAGCUCUGGUGACAAGAGUGCAAGAGAGGCGUUGGACCAAAGUGUCAAUUUAUGGGACGAAGGCAAAGUGGAGGACGAGCUCUCUCCUGAGGAGAUCCAAAUGUUUGAGCAGGAAAAUCAGAGGCUGGUCAGUGAAAUGAGCAACUUGGUAGAUGAAGUGAGGCAAAUCGAAGGAAAGGUUGUAGAAAUCUCAAGACUGCAGGAAAUCUUUUCUGAGAAAGUUCUCCAUCAAGAGACUGAAAUCGAUAACAUUCAUCAGUUGGUGGUUGGCACUACAGAGAACGUUAAAGAAGGCAACGAGGAUAUACGGGAGGCCAUCAAAAACAACGCCGGCUUCCGCGUGUGGAUCCUCUUCUUCCUGGUCAUGUGCUCUUUCUCGCUGCUCUUCCUCGACUGGUACGACAGCUAACGGGCACACCGGGAGGCUGUCCGGCACAGUCACGUGAUGACAUCACCGGACGGAGUUUUUAGAUUUGGAGACAACAGACUGUUGACAGGUUUUUGUGGCCUCCUCUUCACCAGUUAUUUAUCUGCUUAACACAAGUUGGAAGGCAGCUUCUGUGGGUGGAGCCACACUUGGAUUCAGCACCUCAGCACCAUGAACACUUUUCGGGUGGCACGGUGAUCUGGGCAGGCUUGAUAAAAGGAAAACGUCAUUGUCUGGAAAACAGAUAUUUCCCGUUGCAGCUUAACAACUUUAAUGCAUGCAAAGGUUCCCGCUCAGACAAGAUUUGCACUUGUAUCCCCCCCCCCCCCCCCACACACACACAAUAAUUAUGCAUCCAUAAAUCCAAAUUCACCGUCAUACUGACAAUGCUUUGCCUUCAGCAGCAGACCGUAUGACUAAUAAAGCAGCUCGUAACUCA